GACUCUGGGAAGAUGAGAGGAGUUGGCAGUCUCCAUCAUGUUGCUAUAUCCAGCUUGCUACUCUAGAGACUUUGGUGACUUCCCAUUGGGUGAGAUCAAGGAUUCUCUUGCAACUGAAAACAACCCGAAGCCCAAGCCCAGAGGAGCGAGGGAGGGAGCGGGCGGGCGCUGUUGUUCACGGUUCGCAAGGCAGAAUGGGUAAAAAAGUAAAGAAGGAAGCAGAACCUCCUCCUAAGGAUGUGUUUGAUCCAUUAACAAUUGAAAGUAAAAAGGCAGCAACAGUGGUGUUAAUGCUUAAUUCUACAGAAGAAGAGAUUUUGGCUAAAGCAUGUGAAGCCAUUUAUAGAUUUGCCUUAAAAGGUGAGGAAAAUAAAGCAACUCUUCUUGAACUUGGAGCUGUGGAACCUUUAACUAAAUUGCUUACACAUGAAGACAAAAUUGUGAGAAGAAAUGCCACCAUGGUAUUUGGAAUUCUAGCUUCUAAUAACAAUGUUAAAAAGUUGUUAAGGGAAUUAGAUAUCCUGAGUUCAGUCAUUGCUCAGCUGGCACCAGAAGAAGAAGUCAUAAUCCAUGAAUUUGCCAGCCUUUGCCUCGCAAAUAUGUCUGUGGAAUAUACCAGUAAAGUGCAAAUAUUUGAGUAUGGCGGGAUGGAACCACUCAUCAGACUACUUGGAAGCCCAGAUCCUGACGUUAAGAAGAACUCUAUUGAAUGUAUUUACAACCUGGUACAGGACUUUCAGUGUCGUUUGGCAAUUCAGCAAUUCAAUGCAGUCCCUCCUAUAUUAGAUCUCUUGAAGUCUGAAUAUCCAGUUAUUCAACUGCUGGCUCUCAAGACCUUAGGCAUCAUUACCAAUGAUAGAGAAAGCAGAGUAAUGCUGAGAGACUGUCAAGGACUGGACCAACUUCUUAAAAUUCUUGAAACUAAGGAAUUUAAUGACCUCCACAUAGAAGCUCUUGCUGUGUUAGCCAAUUGUCUUGAGGAUGUGGAUACCAUGCAACUGAUUCAGCAGGCAGGAGGUCUUAAGAAACUCCUGGCAUUUGCAGAAAACACCACAUUUCCUGAUAUUCAGAAGAAUGCAACUAAAGCAAUCGCUAGAGCAGCUUAUGAUCCUGAAAAUAGAAAAAUUCUGCACGAACAAGAGGUGGAGAAAUGUCUCAUAACCCUUUUGGGAGCCGAAAACGAUGGGACGAAAGUUGCAGCUGCCGAAGUGAUUUCAGCGAUGUCUGAGAGUUUGGCCAGCAAAGAGUUUUUUAAUACUCAAGGGAUCCCGCAGAUAGUUCAGUUGCUGAGAAGUGAAAAUGAUGAUAUAAGAGAAGCGGCCUCUCUCGCACUGGCUAACCUGACUACAGCAAAUCAAGUUAACGCAAAUGCUGCCGCUGAAGCUGACGCUAUUGACGCCUUAAUAAAUAUCUUAAGUUGCAAGAGAGACAAGGCCGUCGCCAACGCUGCCACCGUCCUGACAAACAUGGCUACCCAGGAGCCCCUGCGCAUGGUGAUGCAGGGCCAUGACGUUAUGCGGGCCAUUAUCCAACCUCUGAGCUCCUCCAAUCCCUUUGUCCAGAGUAAAGCAGCUCUCACCGUAGCCGCGGUGGCCUGUGACGUGGAUGCAAGGAUUGAGUUUAAAAAUGCAGGUGGACUUGAACCACUUGUGGAAUUGCUACGCUCAAAUAAUGAUGAAGUCAGAAAACAAGCUAGCUGGGCUGUGAUGGUUUGUGCAAGUGAUGAGCCAACAUCUGCUGAAUUAUGCAAACUAGGGGCUUUGGAGAUCCUUGAAGAAAUUAAUCUAUCAAUAAGGCGAAAAAAUAAUUUUAGUGAGGCAGCUUAUAAAAGAUUGCUUACUAACAAUCUUUCCCUAAAGUACUGCCAGACUGGUUAUUUAUCAUCUGAUGAUAUGAUUCCUGAUGGAUUUUAUGAUGCUGGUCGGAUAAACCCAGGAACAAAACUUCUGACUUUGAAGGAAUUCGCCUUACAAGGGCCAAGUGAUCGGCGUGCAAUAAUCUUAAUUAAUAGUAAACCUUCUUUUAUUUCUCCACCUUCUACUACAGAAGAUAAGUUCUCAGACUCUAUUUCUGGACGAUCUUCUUCUUCACACAGAAAAGGGAAAGCCAGCACUGGGGUAGGAUCUCCUACAGAAGAAAAGUCAGAAUCUACUGGUCAAACUACUACCUCCUCUAGCAAAAGUUUCGUUAAAGAGAGAGGAUCAAGAAAGGGAAAAGGAAAGAAAGAAGAAGAAAAAAACAAAGAGGAAGAGGAAACACCAGUUCCAUGCAAAGCUGUGGAAUUAAACCCUGACAAAGAAUGGUGCCUUCCUAGUGACCAUGAUUUCUGCAAUUAUAUCACCGAGGUGUCCAAAACAAUUUUGCCUAUGACCAAUCUCAAGGAGCAGAUUGAGACUCUUGCAGAGUUUGUGGCAGGAAAGAUGGGUGGUCCAGUUUCAAGAGAGUUGCUGCAUGAAUUCAAGUGGGAACAUCACAUAAGCGAAAUAGAAUUUCAACUAAAAUCCAAUGUCGUACCUAUUGGAUAUAUCAAGAAAGGAACCUUCUACCACCGAGCUCUGCUUUUCAAGGCUUUAGCCGACAAAAUUGGGAUUGGUGCCACUUUAGUCCGAGGAGAAUACAACAGGGCUUGGAAUGAAGUUAAAUUAGUUGACGAAUCAUAUAAAGGCAUAACUGGAUUGCUGCCUCGUCCCGAAGAGUUUAUUGUUGACCUAAUGUAUGAGCCUGGCACUCUGUUGAAGAAAAGAAGUAGAGAGGCAGAGCUCUACAAAUUUAUUUAAUCCAAAAAUUGUUUGAAAGAAAAAAACUCAUUUGUUAAAUGUUUGAGAUAUAUUUCCUAUAAAGCAUAAAUACUACAGUUUUCCUUUGUUUUGUCAAAGCAAUAGAAUUUUUCUAUUUUUCUCUGCACUUAGAAUGUUAAGGAACUUAAUUCAACUUUAUUUUGUACUUCUAAUUAUAGAUCAUUAGCCACAAGUUCACAAUCUUUGCAUUAUGUUUUGUUUUUUUUCUGUUCUCUAAGUUACAUAUUUUGUUAACACUUAACCUAGCUAGCUCACUAGGUUUUUUUUUUCCUAGAAAA